AUGGCAGCCUUCCGUAAUGCUGUAUCUUUUAAUCAGAAACAAGAACAAGCACUCUGGUUUCCAUUAUUGGAGGCAAUGAUGGCCCCUCAGAAGCUGUCCGGUUCGGCUGUACCUCCUCUACACUCUGAAGCUCUGAAAUCUUUGACUAUGCAAGUUCUAAACAGCAUGGCAGCAUUUAUUGCCCUUCCAUCAAUCUUGCAAAGAAUCUUACAGGAUCCAGUUUAUGGAAGAGGAAAGCUUGGAGAAAUUCAGGGACUUAUUCUGGGAAUGUUAGAUACCUUUAACUAUGAACAAACCCUGCUGGAAACUACAACUAGUCUUCUAAACCAAGAUCUCCACUGGUCAUUGUGUAACCUGAGAGCUUCAGUCACUAGAGGACUGAAUCCUAAACAGGAUUACUGCUCUAUAUGUUUGCAGCAGUACAAGAGACGCCAGGAAAUGGCUGAUGAAAUCAUUGUCUUUAGUUGUGGCCAUUUGUAUCACUCAUUCUGUCUACAAAACAAAGAAUGCACCACAGAAAUUAAGGGCCAAACAAGAUGGACAUGUUACAAGUGCAGCUCAAGUAGCAAAGUAGGAAAACUAAGUGAAAAUUCAUCUGAAAUUAAAAAGGGAAGGAUAACUCCAUCACAGGUAAGACUUUUCUCCGUGACAAAAUGGAGAAACUCGUUUCUUAUUAAUGUUGUUUAG